CCGAUUUCCCCAACGGCCAAACCUCUUUCGUCACCGUCACCGGCGCUCCCUGGCCGCCAUGGCGCGCAGCGAACGAUCCCGGCGCGACCGCAGCCGGUCGCGUGACCGAGGAAAGCGGCAAGAGGAGCGAGCAAAGCAAAGGUGUAGCAGCAGCAGUCCAGAGAAAGUGAUCCCAAAGGAGCCCCCAAAGCCGAAGCCGAAAGCUCCGGUGCUCCGGGAGACUUGCACCGUGACCUUGGCCCAGCGGCCGUUUGGCAUGGCGCCCUCGAAAGAGGAGAAGGGCUAUGUUGUGGAGAAGCUUGCAGAGGGGAAACCUGCGGCUGAGGCUGGCGUGGAUUCUGGCUGGCGCGUGGUGCGAGUGGCUGGCCAGGACUGUAGUGAGAAGUCCUCAGCAGACAUUCAAGGGCUCCUGAAGGAAGCGGCAUUGCCUGUGGAAGUGCAAUUCCAAAAGCCAGAAGAGGAGGCCUUGCCCAGCAGUGAAGAGGAUGAGAACAACAUCCAAAAUGUGCGUGCAGAUCAUCGACGACAACAUGAGGCGUCCUUGUCCAACAUCGAUGAUUUGCCCGUGGAACGAGAUCCCAGUGAUCUGCCGGAGCCCAUCGCUUCCUGGCGAGAUGCUUGUGAGCGUCGCUUGUUGAACGCUUCUAUUGUUCACAAGCUGCACGCGGCCGGUCUCAAACGUCCCACGCUCAUCCAGCGCCAUGCCGUGCCCAUCGUGGGGCACAAGGAACACUAUGACCUUGUAGCACAAGCACAAACAGGUUCGGGGAAGACGUUCGCCUUCGUGAUCCCAACGAUCGCUCGUUUACUGCUGCGUGGCUGCCCUCCACGGCCCUUCUUCCCGGGGCCCACAGCGCAGGGCUGCCCCGUGGUGCUGGUCCUCUCGCCCACUCGGGAGCUGGCCAUCCAGACCUGUAGCGAGAUGGAAGUCCUCACCAAGGGGUCGAAACUCACCCAGAUGAGCAUCUACGGUGGAGAGACCAUCAAAGAAACGGCCAAGCGAGUGGAAACAGCUCCCAUUGACAUCAUUUGUGCUACACCUGGUCGGCUCAUUGCUCUACUGGAUGAGACCAAGAUUUCCUUGGCCUACGUGCAGACGGUGAUUCUGGAUGAAGCUGAUCAGAUGCUUGAGCAACGUCUUGAGAUCAUGUGUGCAGACAUCCUUGUGGGCAGAGACAUGCCGGCGCCCAGCUCGGGCCGCCAAACCUUGCUCUUCAGCGCGACCAUCCCACAGAAGAUCCGGGACAUGUGCCCACAGAUUUUGCGGGAGAAGCGAAGGGCCAAUCUCACCAUCGGCUUCUACGAUGACGACAAGGGUGGUUCUUGUGAAAGCAUCACCCAGCUCCUCCGGUGGUCUCCGGAUGAGAAGCAGCGCAUCGGGGAGCUGAUCCGGGACCUCCGCACCGUGUGGGAUCGGACGAAGGGCCGUGUGGUGAUCUUCUCGAAUCUCCGCUUGACAGCAGACUCCCUGGCGCAUCAACUGCAGCGGGAGGGGAUGACCUGUCGGCAUCUCCAUGGGAAGCUGGACCAGGAAGUUCGAGAGAAGGUCUUUGAUGGAUUUCGACGAGGGGAUUUCGACAUCUUGGUCGCCACUAACGUCGCGUCCAGAGGCUUGGACUUUCCAGACGUCUCCCUGGUGGUUCAGUUCAACCUUCCGGACAAUAUUGACGUCUACACCCACCGGGUGGGCCGCACCGGCCGCAUCGGCCAGGUUGGCCAUGCUUUGGCUUAUUUGGGCCCAAAGGAUAAGAAGAUUGCUGCGAAGCUGGUGGAGUUUCUCGAGCUCAACAAGCAAGAAGUACCGGACUACUUACGAGACAUGGCCAUUCGGGCUGAGACGCUGCGGCACAACCGAUGAGCGUCCACCCAA